AUCCAUGGGCAGUCCCUCCCCUCUGGCAGAAGCGCGGGCGCCUCCAAAUCGCGCCUUUUCCCUCUCACGAGAUCUUGUUUGCGUCACAGAUCGUCGCCAUCUUGGACCCUGGCUGACCAGGCAGCCCGCGCUCGAGGCCCGCGUCGCCAUGGCCGCGGUUCCCGAGUUGCUGCAGCAGCAGGAGGAGGACCGCAGCAAGCUGAGAUCUGUAUCUGUGGACUUGAACAUUGAUCCCUCGCUUCAGAUUGACAUACCUGAUGCACUCAGUGAGAGAGAUAAGGUCAAGUUUACAGUACACACAAAGACCACACUGCCCAUGUUUCAGAGCCCAGAGUUUUCUGUUACAAGGCAACAUGAAGACUUUGUUUGGCUACAUGACACUCUUUCUGAAACUGCAGACUAUGCUGGGCUUAUUAUUCCACCUGCUCCUACAAAGCCUGACUUUGAUGGCCCUCGAGAGAAGAUGCAGAAACUUGGGGAGGGUGAAGGAUCUAUGACCAAAGAAGAAUUUGCUAAGAUGAAGCAAGAGCUGGAAGCUGAAUAUCUCGCUGUCUUUAAGAAAACUGUAUCCUCCCAUGAAGUCUUUCUUCAGCGGCUCUCUUCUCACCCCGUUCUCAAUAAAGAUCGCAACUUUCAUGUUUUCCUGGAAUAUGAUCAGGAUCUAAGUGUUAGGCGGAAAAAUACCAAAGAGAUGUUUGGUGGCUUUUUCAAAAGUGUGGUUAAAAGUGCUGAUGAAGUCCUUUUUUCUGGGGUUAAGGAGGUGGAUGACUUCUUUGAGCAAGAGAAGAAUUUCCUCAUUACCUAUUAUAAUAGGAUCAAGGAUUCGUGUGCAAAAUCUGAUAAAAUGACCAGAUCUCAUAAAAAUGUUGCAGAUGAUUAUAUUCACACUGCAGCCUGCCUGCAUAGCCUGGCUUUAGAAGAGCCCACAGUCAUCAAAAAGUACUUGUUGAAGGUUGCUGAGCUAUUUGAAAAACUUAGGAAAAUAGAGAGUCGAGUCUCCUCAGAUGAAGAUUUAAAGCUGACAGAGCUCCUUAGAUACUACAUGCUCAACAUAGAAGCUGCUAAAGAUCUCUUAUACAGACGUACCAAAGCCCUCAUUGACUAUGAGAACUCAAACAAAGCAUUGGACAAGGCCCGGUUAAAAAGCAAAGAUGUCAAGUUGGCUGAGGCACACCAGCAGGAAUGCUGCCAGAAAUUUGAACAGCUUUCUGAAUCUGCAAAAGAAGAACUAAGCAAUUUCAAACGAAAGAGAGUGGCAGCAUUUAGAAAGAAUUUAAUUGAAAUGUCUGAACUGGAAAUAAAGCAUGCUAGGAACAAUGUCUCCCUCUUGCAAAGCUGCAUUGACUUGUUCAAGAACAACUGAUCUGCUUUUUCUCUGAAUGAAGAAUAUGAAUGUGAAAGCCAGCAUCACUUGCACUUAAAUCAUUACCACAGAAGAUUUAUUACCUUUGACUUUAGUUUAAAAUUAUGUUAAUAAAUAUUUUUAUUUCUAAAAAUCUUAACA